AUGUGGAGACAUUAUAGCAUCCAAAUUAAAAUUGACGACACGGUGUAUGUGGGUUCGCAGGAUGCGGUAGCGAACAUGAAUCUGCUCUGUAGGUUGAAUAUCGAAUUCGUCUGCGAUUUGUGCAAUGAAGAUGGCGAAGAAGCAAACAGGUAUAGGUUGUUCUUAUCAUUGGUCCCAUCUGCAUACCUCAGUUAUAGAAGGCGGUAUGACUGUCCAUGCUUAUGCCCGCGGAGGUCGAAACAUUUUCGAUAUUUCGUCGCGAUGGAUGUACCAGAGACAGAAAAGAAAUGUAUUGAUUCCAAGGUGAACAUGACGAUACUAUUCGACCAAUUUUGCGAUCUCGUCGAAAGGGGAAGGAAAGCAGGAAAGUGCGUCUUGGUGUGCAGCGCUAAGGGAAGAAAUAGAGCGCCUGCAUUUUGUGCAGCGUACUUAAUCAGCAAAGAGAGGAUGAGUCGACAACAAGCAGUAGCAAAAGUUCUAGAGCAGUUGCUAAACAUGUGA